AUGAGGACUCACACACGGGGAGCCCCAAGUGUGUUUUUCAUACACGCCAUUUGCUUCGCCUUUGCCUGCGGUGCCAGGGAGGAGCCGGACGCCAUGGUUCCUUUCGUCAACGCCAACUACGACAGCUACCCCAUGCUCUACUUCUCCAGAGGGGAGGUGGAGGCGCUGCGCCUCCAGGCGGCCACCACGCACCGGCACAUCGCCGCCCGUCUGGCUGAGGCCGUGCAGACGAUGCUGUCCAGCCCCCUGGAGUACCUCCCGCCCUGGGACCCCAAGGAGUUCAGCGCUAGGUGGAACGAGAUUUACGGCAACAACCUCGGGGCCCUGGCCAUGUUCUGUGUGCUCUACCCGGAAAACAUUGAGGCCAUCAGCAUGGCCAAGGAUUACAUGGAGAGGAUGGCGGCUCAGCCUAGUUGGCUGGUGAAGGAUGCCCCAUGGGAUGAGGUCCCACUCGCCCACUCCUUAGUUGGCUUUGCUACGGCGUAUGACUUCUUGUACAGCUAUCUUAGCAAGACUCAGCAGGAGAGAUUUCUUGAGGUAAUUGCCAAUGCCUCAGGAUAUAUGUACGAAACAUCAUACAGACGUGGAUGGGGCUUCCAGUACCUCCACAACCACCAGCCUACCAACUGUGUGGCCCUGCUGGCUGGGAGCCUGGUUCUGAUGAAUCAAGGCUAUCUUCAGGAAGCUUACCUGUGGACCAAGCAAGUCUUGGCAAUCAUGGAGAAGUCAGUAGUCCUGCUGCAGGAAGUCACGGAUGGCUCGCUCUAUGAAGGUGUGGCCUAUGGCAGCUACACAACCAGAUCCCUGUUUCAGUACAUGUUUCUUGUCCAAAGGCACUUUGACAUCAAUCACUUCAGCCACCCCUGGCUCAAGCAGCAUUUUGCAUUUAUGUACAGGACUGUCCUGCCAGGGUUUCAGAGGACCGUGGCCAUCGCGGACUCCAACUACAACUGGUUCUACGGGCCCGAGAGCCAGCUGGUGUUCCUCGACAAAUUCGUCAUGCGCAACGGCAGCGGGAACUGGUUGGCAGAGCAGAUCAGAAGGAACCGCGUGGUGGAAGGCCCGGGGACACCCUCCAAAGGGCAGAGGUGGUGCACUCUCCACACUGAAUUUCUCUGGUAUGAUGCAAGUUUGCGCUCUGUACCUCCGCCAGACUACGGGGUUCCUAAGCUGCAUUAUUUUGAGGACUGGGGAGUGGUAACCUAUGGAAGUGCUUUGCCAGCUGAGAUCAACAGGCCUUUCCUUUCCUUCAAAUCGGGAAAGCUGGGAGGACGUGCAAUAUACGAUAUUGUUCACAAGAACAAAUACAAAGAGUGGAUCAAGGGGUGGAGGAACUUUAAUGCUGGCCAUGAACACCCAGACCAGAACUCCUUUACUUUUGCUCCCAACGGCGUACCUUUCAUAACAGAAGCUCUGUAUGGGCCGAAAUAUACUUUUUUUAAUAACGUGUUGAUGUUUUCCCCUGCCGUGUCCAAGAGCUGCUUCUCCCCAUGGGAAGGGCAGAUUACAGAAGACUGUUCCUCAAAGUGGCUGAAAUAUAAACAUGACUCGGCCGGUGACUGUCAAGGACGAGUGGUUGCUGCCAUGGAGAGAAGCGGGGUGGUUUUUAUCAGGGGAGAAGGAGUGGGUGCAUACAAUCCUAAGCUGAAGCUGAGGAAACUGCAAAGGAACCUCAUACUCCUCCAUCCCCAGCUUCUCUUGCUCGUGGAUCAAAUCCAUCUGGAAGAUGACAGCCCCCUGGAGGCAGCGACCAGUUUCUUCCACAAUGUGGAUGUGCCUUUUGAAGAAACAGUCGUCGAUGACGUUCAUGGGGCCUUUAUUAGGCACCGUGAUGGGAUAUAUAAGAUGUACUGGAUGGAUGACACUGGCCACAGCGAGAAAGCCACCAUCGCCUCAAGGAUGUAUCCCCGGGGCUACCCGUACAAUGGGACGAACUACGUGAACGUCACGACCCCUCUGCGGCGCCCCGUCACGAGGGCCAUUUACCUCUUCAUCGGGCCCUCCGUCGACGUGCAGAGCUUCACCGUCCGCGGAGAUUCCCCACAGCUGGAUGUUUUCGUUGCCACCGGCGAGCACGCCUACGCGGUGUACCUGUGGCCUGUGGAGGAUGGGUCUCGCUCCGCCUUCGCCCAGGUCGUUGUGGACCAGCAGAAGAUCGUCUUUGACCGAGCCUCUGCCGUCAGGAGCUCCGUGGUGCCAGAGGUGAAGGACUACGUGGGGAUCGUGGAGAGGAACCUGCAGCAUUUUAAGCCUGUUUUCCAGCAGCUGGAGAAGCAGAUCUUGUCUCGCGUACGCAACACGGCUAGCUUCAGGAAGACUGCUGAGCGCCUGCUGAGGUUUUCGGAUAAGAGGCAGACGGAGGAGGCCAUUGACAGGAUAUUUGCAAUCUCACAGAGGCAGCAGCAGCAGCACGGCAGAGCAAAGAAAAACAGAAAAGUAGCCAAAGGCUACAAAUUUGUUGAUGCCGUUCCCGACAUCUUUGCACAAAUUGAGGUAAAUGAAAGAAAAGUGCGACAAAAGGCACAGACUCAAGCACAAAAAGAGUUGCCUGUAGAUGAAGAUGAGGAAAUGAAAGAUCUUCUGGAUUUUGCAGAUAUCACUUACGUGAAGCACAAAACUGGGGUGUCAAUCAAAGGCCGGUCAGGGCUGGCGCAGAUGGUGACGACUGCUCGAAGUAGUGCCCCAUCAAUAUCCGCUUCUUAUACCCGCCUCUUUCUGAUUCUCAACAUUGCUAUUUUUUUUGUCAUGUUAGCAAUGCAGCUCACAUACUUUCAGAAGGCCAAGAGACUGCAUGGCCAAAGAUGUCUGUAUGCAAUACUUUUAGUAGACAGCUGUAUAUUAUUGUGGCUGUAUUCUUCCUGUUCUCAGUCACAAUGUUAGCAGAAGACCUCUACUAGUCGACCAGUUUAUGGUCAUAUGUGUCUAUGCAAAAGCAUUAACCCUAAUAGGGCCAAAGUUUUUCUUUUUUUUCUGAAACAUUCCAAAAACAGCUGGGGAAAGGUUGGUUUCAGACCAGAAGGGAUGGAAGAACAGGGCAAGCAGUGAGUAUCCCAGAAAACUAAGUACUUAGUAAGUACUCCUCCUUUGUGUUUUGAGUUGGGCCUCACAUCUGAGGGAAUGUCACGCUUUGUUCAUCGGAGUUCAAUAAUGUAAAGUUGUAAUUAAUUUUUUGGUGGGAAGAGCCGUCU